CUCCGACCAAUCAAAGGGCAGGAUGGCAGAUAGGGCUGGGGGCGGGUCGCUUCCGGCGGCUUUUCCCGCAGCUGUUGCGUAGAGGAACAUGAGAGCGUGGGAGUUUUGCAGCGGCCGUGGCGUUCUUCGUCGCCUCCCGGUCGGGCGUCGCUUUCUGCAGCUCCUGUCCGGGAGCGCGAAGCCUGUCAUUAGCCGCCGAGCGCUUCGUCUCGAAGUCCCUGUGGCGUCUUGAAGAAGGCAUUCCCCAUCCGCCAAAUGGCGUCCAUGCCCCCAACUCCCGAGGCCCAGGGACCAAUACUCUUUGAGGAUCUGGCUGUGUAUUUUUCUCAAGAGGAGUGUGUGACUCUGCACCCUGCCCAGAUGUCCCUCAGUAGAGAUGAUACAAAGGAGUGUUUGGAGGAUGCGGCCUUGAUGGGAGAGGAAGGCAAGCCAGAGAUUAAUCAGCAGUUAAGCCUAGCGUCUAUGGAACUUGACGAGCUUGCCCUAGAAAAGUACCCCAUUGCUGCACCCCUUGUCCCUUACCCAGAAAAAUUCUCUGAGGAUGGAGUUGGAAACCCUGAAGGGAAAAUAUUAAGUGGAACUCCCACUUGCAAGAGAAGGGUCAUCAGCCUUUUAGUUACCAUUGAAAACCACACCCCGUUAGUAGAACUCUCUGAAUAUUUAGGAACCAACACACUUUCUGAAAUUCUUGAUUCUUCCUGGGAAGGAGCCAAAAAUGUGUAUAAAUGUCCUGAGUGUGACCAAAACUUCAGCGAUCAUUCAUACCUGGUUUUGCAUCAGAAAGUUCAUUCAGGAGAGAAAAAACAUAAAUGUGGUGACUGUGGGAAGAUCUUCAAUCAUAGAGCCAACCUGAGGACACACAGGAGAAUCCAUACUGGUGAGAAACCUUAUAAGUGUGCCAAGUGCAGUGCCAGCUUUCGCCAGCACUCGCAUCUGUCCCGACACAUGAAUAGCCAUGUAAAGGAGAAGCCCUAUACAUGUAGCAUAUGUGGUAGAGGUUUUAUGUGGCUCCCAGGAUUGGCACAGCAUCAGAAAAGCCACAGCGCUGAAAAAGCUUACGAAUCUACUAACCGUGAUAAACAUUUUAAUGAGAAACCAAAUCUUGCUUUGCCUGAGGAAACAUUCAUAUCAGGCCCCCAGUACCAGCACACUAAGUGCUUGAAGAGCUUCAGGCAGUCCUCAUAUCCUGCCCUUUCUGAGAAGAGCCACGACGAGGACUUUGAACGCUGCAGCGAUGAUGGGGACAAUUUCUUCUCAUUCUCAAAAUUCAAGCCCUUGCAAUGUCCUGACUGUGACAUGACCUUUCCUUGUUUCUCUGAGCUUAUUUCCCAUCAAAACAUUCAUACAGAGGAAAGGCCCUAUACAUGCAAAACAUGUGAGAAAAGUUUUGCUUUGGACUCAGAACUUGCAUGCCACCAGAAGAGCCACAUGGUAGAGGAAACUUUUAAAUGUACUGUGUGUGGGAAAAGUUUCAGGUCAAAUUUGCAUCUCAUUACUCAUAAGCGAACUCACAUAAAAAACACCAUAUAAAUUUAACAACUUAUUAGUGAUUGGGCUUUUCAGUAUCUGUAUGGUGGGAAGCAGUUACUGUAUAUGUCCCAGGCAAUGUGCUAAGCACUUUACACACAUUCCCAUGUAAUACUUAAUUCUCACCACAACCUUGAUUUAGGCAGUAUCAUUUCCAUUUUAUAACUAGGGACGCAAAAUCCAUGCCACAAAGCUAGUGAAUGAACCCAGGAUUUGAACUCGGUUACUGUUCAACUGUGAGCCAGAAAAAGAUACAAAACUUUUGUUUAAAUUCAAUUUUCAUUAAAAUGAAGGCUCUUGCUAGAGUUCUUUUAAUUUUGUUUACGUAGUUUCUGACUUUUAGAAGGAGGAGAAUUUAUUUAUAUUUUGCCAGUUCUGCAGCUAUAUCUAGGAAAGUAAAUGCUUUUAUGUGUUUUAUACUUUUUUUUGCUAUAACUAUUUGAAUGUAAUAUUUGUAUAAGAUUGCUGUUUUACAUGUGCAUUCCCAUAGGCAUUUAGAAGUUAUUUUCUGCCCUGUAAAAGUUCUCAAAUGGGUGGACUAGUUUAUAUCUUGAUGGCCAUUAGUAUCCACAGAGUUCUCUGUCAUGGUUCUGAUGCCAGGGGCAGGUACUGGCAUUUAGGACCCAAUUGUUUGCAAGAAUUUUAGAAGUCUAACUGCAGCCCUUUUCUGGAGGCUGGACUUGACUUGGGGAGGGGAAAAAGUACUUGCUCUUUUCUAAGAUUUGCCUCCAAAUCGCUACUGAAGCACAUUACCUGUCUUACUAUGAAUAAUUGUAAUUGUUUCUCAGUGAGCAUGUUAGCUACUUUAGAUAUAUUAUCUAAUUUAAUCUUCAGAAUAAAUCUGUGACAGAGAAAAAAAAAAAAACCUUUGUUUCAUAAACGAGGAAACUGAAGUCCUCAGAGGGUAAAGUCAGUACUUUUGCCCAGCACACAAAUCACAUUGUGGUGAAACUGACAUUAAGCUUGGGUCUCUGUGACUCCAAAGGCCAUGCAGUCUGCAAGACUGCAGCAUUUGUUGACAUUUGCACCACGUAGUAACACUGCAAGCAGCCAGGGAAAGGGGAGCUGAGAUAGGUCGGUGAGAAUGGUGAUCAUGAAGGCGAUUCAGUGUGCUUGCAUCCUGGAACCCCUUCAUUCCCUUUGUGCUGUACCCAAAGCCUGACUUACAUAUACAGUUGUAAAGCAGCAGAAGACUCUCCAGGACUUCAGGUUUGAAUUCUUGUCUCUCUAAUCAGAUAAGAGAUUUCACACUUUGCAGAGUACAGUACUGAAGGUCUUAGUUGGGUUUUGGUUUUUUAAAAAACACCCAUAACAUUUCCUCUCCCUCUCCAAAGAAAAUGCAUAUAGAAAAUUGUUAGAUUUUAACCAAAAUGCUUAAUAAUAUGUAGAUCUUUACAUACUACUAUUAUAGAUAAAUAUUGGAGCAAAAUAUUGUUAAAUAGUAUGGUUAUUAAUGUUAAAGAACCACAGAAUGUUGUAAAUAUAGAUUCAUAUACAAUUUCUUAUUAAAGUUGAUUGUAUGCCUGUCAGCAAAACAGUAUUUACAUGGGUUUUGAUUAGGAUGGAAGAAUGCUCUCAUUCUACUUAAAUAGACAGUAUAAAAGUAUAAUAUUUGCUAAAAUUGAAUUGUUGCUGGGAAUCGUCAUGAGAAAAGAUAAAAGACUCUUGAGGACUAAUUGUAUGGAAGGUAGCAGAAGGUGGUCCUACAGAACAGCAGAUUGAGGACUGAAUGUACAAAAAGAUGCUGGCUACUCAGCUAAGCUCUUAUUACUGAGUAGAGGCAGGAAGAUACUGUUCAGGUGAGAGGAAAACUGAAACUAACAAAAACCCAGAGAGAGUUUCUUUUUGUCAUUUUUGUCUUGUUUCUGGUUUGCAGAUCCACAGUUGAGACUAUGUGCUGCUCUGUAUGUCAAGGUCAGACUUGGCUCUUUGUUUCUGAUGUCUCCACUCUUAGGAGACAGGACACCAGCUUCCAGGUUUCUCUGAGGUGCUUUGAAAUGUGUAGAAAGAUAGUCUCCAGUUAGAUUACCUAUUAGCCAACUCUGAGAUAUCAUGAUCUUUGUUAAAUAACAACAAGAACACCACCUCCUUGCUCUCCUGCUUCUGCCCUCAGUGGGAGAAACUGGCAGGUGCCUCAGCACUUAUCAGGGACCCUAAUAUUUCAGUCAAAGAUCUAAUGAGUCACAGGAUGGGAGAUGAAAUUGGGAAAGGUCUGGAUUAGCAGAGUUGCUGCAGAAAGAAGUAGAGGGGAAUAUCUUAGAAGGCACUUGGACAGAAUGGGAGUGAUAUAAAAGAUGGAUGCUGUCAUUUUUGUUUUGGCUCCUAGAAAACAUAGCAGAAAGUGAGAGUUUGUGCCAUACAUCCUGUUUUGCACCUUAAUAGGGAAGUUUGCCUUUUUACAUGAGUCUUCCUUCACAAUAAACCUCUAAUUUUUACAGUUUUAUUCUCCAGAUUUUGGAAGAUUAUGACAAACUUCCCUAAAAGAUUAGAAAAAAUAGCCCUUUUCAGAAACAUUAACAUACAUGUGGGUAUAACUAAAAUGGCUUUUUGGUAUAAUACUGUUAAUGAUUGGUAUGCAGAAAAAAAUGAAAAUCCCCUAAGUGUCAGUUACUGGGAAAUAGGCAUAUUUUCAGUUGUUUGCUUAUUGUGCACUUGUACUUAAAUACAUUUGCUGGAUGUAAUUCAAGCUGCUUUGCCCCCAGGGAAUUGAAGGAAAAGAUGUAUCUGCUGGUGAGCUUCAGGCUUUUUAUGAUGAUGGCUUUUCACCCUUCUGUUUACAGUGUCAAUUGAUGGAGAUAAAUUCCAUAAAAUUGUCCUUAACUCAGAGAUACUAGCCUAUACCAUGUUAGGUGCUAUUCACAAAUACUGGAUAAAAGUUAAUAUGGGAAUGAAAAACUAAAUGCAAGAGUUUAUUGCUAUGAAUGAUUGGUUAACUGCAUUUUGCAGCAUGGAAAUCACACUAUGAGAGUGAAAACUUUAUGCUGAAUAAAUUGACUCAGACAAAUUUCUUCGUCUUUGUUGUUGAUGCAGUGAUGAAAAUGUGUUUCCAACAGUUCCUUAACGUGAUUGCUGGAAUAAACAGUCUGUUAAACAAUCAUCAUUGAUGGAAACAGCAUUUUUCCAAUGGAAUUCAGAUGUCAGCAGUUUACAUUUUGUAAUUUAAGAAAUUGUGGAAUGUAGUUGUUCUUGAAUGAGGUGGACUCAAAAUAGAUUUAUUUAGAGCUUUGUUGCUACAGGUGGUAGUCUACUGACACCUCCUCAUUUAACAUAGAAAAUGACUAACCCAAUAAUUCAGGGAGUUAAAACUCAAAUGACAUUUCACAGUAAUUGAGUCUUUGCCUCCUGAGUUUCCAUAUAAUUAAGUGGCAUUGUUCUAGUGACUGCAGCAUAAGAUGUCAUACAAUCUGAAACUGCAGAGUCUUAUCAAAGUAAUCUGCAAUUUACUGCCUAUGUGUACAAAGGGAGACAUAGCAGGUUAUAGUUUAUAUGAAUAGUCUAUUUUGAAUGUUCAUUAAACUUGUUAUCCCUGUGGGAUUUUAGUAGGAAAGUGUUUUUGCUUUGACCAUCUGUUUAACAAAAUGAUGUUCAUUACAUUAGAAGUAUAUAUAUUCAUGUGGUUUAGUUUUGUAAUUUAGGAGAGCUAUUGAUCUGAUUCAAAGAUGACCAUUACCCAUCUUUCCAAGGCCCAUCUAAGUAGUACAGGUGUUUUGUCUUUUAAAAUUGACAUUCCUCUUUGCAUUAAGUCUGUAGGGGAGAAUACAAUAUAAAUAUUCUUCUGUGUAAACAUAAGAAUGUGCUGUAAUCCCCAGUUCCUUUGGAUACCUCAGAAUUAUAUUUAUUGUAUACACUUAUACUGUUUGUUUAAUGUUUUGGUUUUACUGUUUUUGACGUAUUCUCAUCAGUCUUCGCUCUAGUUUGCAAGCUCUGAAGUUAUUGAUUACGUCUAAUGUGCAAUUUGGCUUCUAAUAAAUGAUAUUUUAUGAUGA